GACAAGAGAAAACGUUCCUUUCGCGACACAAACGAAGGCAGAAGAAAAAACAAGGAAGUGGCCGGCUCGGUCAAUUAAACUGACGGCUUUUUCGUUGUCAUUCAAACCCAAAUAUCAGCACAAAGUGUGAUUUCCAAAUCUAUGUCAUUCGUACUGUUUCUUCCUUCCAAGAUGGGGAGCUGGAGUGUGUCCCAAGCAUAGCAUCCUCCCUCAAGCACCAGUAGAGGAUGCUGCUCACUCUCAGGACGAACAACAAAGGCACACAGGAUGUCCUACUAAGACCAGAUCAUUCCCUUUACUGGGUCACCGCAGGCAGAAGCGUCAAAAUAUGUGCACCGUCCUCACCGCUGACUUUGCAAGAUAACACCAAAUAACCCAUUGGACCGUUGUGUUUCAAAUAGUCCCUGUUGCAUUAUCAUGAUUUUGGUGGCGUGGGACAACUUCCACGAGGUGCGCCGGUUGUGCCACUGGGGGCCGGUCAUCGCCCUGUCAGUCAUUGCCGUGUGCUCCACCGUGGCAGUGCUGGAUUCCAUCAUCUGGUACUGGCCCCUGGACACGGCCGGCGGCAGCAUCAAUUUCAUCAUGCUCCUCAAUUGGACCGUCCUCAUCCUCUACAACUAUUUCAAUGCAAUGUUCGUUGGGCCGGGGUACAUCCCUCUCGGGUGGAAGCCAGAGAACCAAGACGACACGCAGUAUUUGCAGUUUUGCAAAGUUUGCCAAGGGUUCAAGGCCCCAAGGUCGCACCACUGCCGCAAGUGUAACAGGUGUGUGAUGAAGAUGGACCACCACUGCCCAUGGAUCAACAACUGCUGCGGCCACCAGAAUCACGCUUACUUCACCAGCUUCCUGCUGCUGGCCCCGCUCGGCUGCGCCCACGCCGCCGCCAUCUUCGUCAUGACCAUGUACACGCAGCUCUACGAGAGGAUCUCCUUCGGCUGGAGCACAGUGAGGAUCGACAUGAGCGCCGUUCGUCAGAGCCAGCCCCUCAUGCCGUUCAGCGUCGCCGCCUUCGCCGGCACACUCUUCGCUUUGGGCCUGGCGCUGGGUACCACCAUCGCCGUCGGCAUGCUCUUCGUCAUACAGAUGAAAGUCAUCCUACGAAACAAAACCUCAAUCGAGUCCUGGAUCGAGGAAAAGGCCAAAGACAGAAUACAGCACUACCAAACUGGGGAGGAGUUCAUCUUUCCGUACGACCUCGGCAGCCGCUGGCUCAACUUGAAGGAAGUCUUCACGUGGUCGGGGGUGCCCAAAGGAGACGGCAUCCUGUGGCCCGUCCACCCCGAGUGUCACCAGCACACCUUAACGAUCGAGCAACUCAAGCAGAAGGCCGACAAACGGGUGAGAAGUCAGGUCCAGUACCAGGCGGUAGAGGACUAUAAUGGCGCUUGCUGCCCCAUGACCAAGGGCGUCAAGACCUUUUUCCUGACCCCUUGCACCGAGGAGCCCAGGAUACCCCUACAACGGGGGGAUACCAUCCUGGCCACCCGUGGCACCAAAUGGUGGAUGUAUGGAGACAAAGUCUUAAACGAGGAGCAAACAAGAGCGGGAGAACGCAUCCGCGGAUGGUUUCCCCGGCGAUGCGUGGAGAAGUGCCAUUACGACACCGCCGCCGUCGACAGCGCCGCCGAUAAGAAAGCCAACUAAUGCGGUUGUCCACUCCCGUAUGACACUGUCACUCCGGGUGCUACAGAUCUCGCUGCAUACAUAUUCUGGUCAACACACAUUUUGAUAUUGACUUGAAUUUGUCAAAACAAAACAAAAAACCUUACUGAGCAUCAUUCAUGUGAGUUGAAGAAGAGUUUGAAUUUCAACAAAGCUUUAAUGUGACUUGAAUUUUGUUCUUUUUUUACGCGUGCCAAUGUUGUGCAUAUUAUGCUAAUUAUGCAACGCCUCUGCUGCCCCAGCCGGCCACCUCCCAGGGCCAGUCAUGCAACUCUUUCUACUACUGUAGCCAAAUAAGUUGUGCUCGAUCUGUUUUCAAUUCUGUUUUGUAAAAACAAGCUGUUUGCCUCAAAACGAUUUCGAAACAUUCUCAGAGA